UCAAUUCCAUUUCUCUUAUAUCUUCUUCAUUGGAAAAUAUAUUCGUGGGUAAAAUAAAAAUGGCUUUGGCUAACGCACAAACAUUUCUGUUUCUUGUAGUGUUUUCAUUCAUGUUUGUCCUUAGUAUGGCCAACUUUAACUACGGUUGGGGACCAGGAAAGUUGAACAAAACCAAUUGCCCAUAUGGUAAUAAUCACCCAAAUGCUACUCAAACCUCAAAUAAAUUGAACGUUGGUGGUUCCGAAAAUUGGCGUUAUGGAUUUGACUACAUGGAUUGGGCUCGUAAGAGUGGCCCUUUCUUUGUCAAUGACACAUUAGUUUUCAAGUAUGAUGCACCAAACCCGAAUGGAGGAUUUCCUCACAGUGUAUACUUAUUACCAAACUAUUGGAGCUUCAUCAAGUGCGACUUGAGAAGAGCUAAGAGGAUAGCAAAUCCGAUCCAGGGUGCAGGGGAAGGUUUCGAGUUUGUGCUGAAGAAAUCACAGCCCUACUUUUUUGCUUGUGGAGAGCAUGGGGGCAUCCAUUGCAAUAAUGGUACUAUGAAGUUUGUUGUCAUGCCACUCAAACGUUGGCCUUUCUAAGUUACGUUGGCUGCUCCAAACUUGUCGAAUAAUUGAGGCACCAAAUACAAUACUUAGUAACCUUUUGCAUUUUAGUUUUGUUUGGAACUAAAUAACAAGUCUUAUUAGAUAUUGGAAUUUUACUUUGAA